AUGUCUGGUCGAGGGAAAGGCGGAAAGGGUCUGGGGAAAGGUGGUGCCAAGCGCCACCGCAAAGUUCUUCGCGACAAUAUCCAGGGUAUCACCAAGCCCGCCAUACGUCGUUUGGCCCGCCGAGGUGGCGUCAAAAGAAUUUCAGGCUUAAUCUACGAGGAAGUGCGCGGUGUUCUGAAAGUUUUCUUAGAGAAUGUCAUCAGGGAUUCGGUAACUUACACUGAACACGCCAAACGAAAGACCGUGACUGCUAUGGAUGUAGUAUACGCACUGAAACGCCAGGGACGCACCUUGUAUGGUUUCGGAGGUUAA